ACCACAGUUGACCACAAUCAUGCAUAGAUUGGUCCCAAGCAGCCUCGUUUUUCUCAAUUCCAAUUCUUAUAAAAACCCAUCACAAACCCUACCAACUACUAUUACAAUACUCGCACCUACCCACCACAACACAAGUCCACACCCAACCACCGUUUCACCACCGCAACCAUGCAAGUCAUCAUCCAAGAAACCACCACCGUCCACCCUUCCUCCCCUCCUUUCCACCACCACCACGUCCUCCCCCUCUCCCACCUCGACACCGACCGAAACCUCGACAUCACUUUCCGCUACUUCCGCGCCUACACCAACAAAACCAACAAAACCUCCGACCCUCUCCACAUCAUAACCACCGCACUCUCCACAACCCUAUCCCACUACUACCCACUAACCGGAACUUUACGCCGUCGCGAUACCGAUAAUCGGCUCGAGCUCUGUUGCAUUCCCGGCCGAGGCGUUCCGGUUAUACAUGCAACGGUUGAAAGUUCGUUAAGUUCGUUAAACUAUCUCGACAACCCGGAUGACAAAAAUCUCGAAAAGCUUGUACCGGAGUGGGAUCCACAAGAUGUCCUAAAAAACCCGUUUGCGCUGCAAAUUACGGUUUUCGGGUGCGGCGGGUUUGUGGUAGGAGCGGCUCUGCACCAUGCCAUGAAUGAUGGCAUGGGUGGCUCGUUGAUUUUUAAUGCUAUGGCUGAGGUGGCUCGGGGUGGUGAGAGUAUAAGUGUUGAGCCGGUUUGGGAGCGGUCUACAUUGCUUGGACCGAGAGAACCGGCUCGGCUCGGAUUCCCGGUUGGGGAGUUUUUGAGGUUGGAUAAGGGGUUUUCGGCUUAUGCUCAGUCGGAUGGACCGGUUGGGAAAUGGUGCUUUGAUAUGAAAGAGGAGUGGUUGAACCGGUUUAAGGGGUUGUUGGCUGAACGGUCCGGGUCGAAGUUUACUACUUUUGAAGCAUUGGGAGCUUAUAUAUGGCGUGCAAGAGUCAAAGCCUCUGGAGUUGCGGGGGAUGAGAUGGUGAAGUUUGCAUACUCGAUCAAUAUUAGAAGGCUAGUGAAGCCUGCACUGCCAGCAGGCUACUGGGGAAACGGCUGUGUCCCCAUGUUUGCUCAAACCCUUGCCAAGGACCUAGUAGAGCAACCCAUCUGGGAAACAGCUGAGCUGAUCAAGAAGAGCAAGUACAAUGCAACAGACGAGUAUGUUCGUUCGUACAUUGACUUCCAAGAACUACACUAUCAUGAAGGAAUCACGGCAGGAAAAGGGGUGAGCGGAUUUACAGAUUGGAGACACUUGGGCCAUUCGACUGUUGAUUUUGGUUGGGGAGGUCCAGUUACAGUUUUGCCACUCACAAGGCACCUUCUUGGUAGCACUGAGCCGUGUUAUUUCUUGCCUUACUCUUCAGCGAAGGAAGAGAAGGUGGAUGGGUUCAAAGUUCUAGUUCAUUUACAAGAGAAAGCAAUGCCUGAAUUUAAGGCGGAGAUGGAGAAGUUCUGCAGGAUGGAGUUUGGGUUGUCCUCACUGUGAUUGCUUCAAACUACUGAGCUGUGUUAUGUUUGUAUGCGCAUUUGUAAGAUCAAGUGAGGGUCUCAUAGUCUCAUUGAACCGGACCAUAAAGAGGAGAGUUGAAUCCCUUAAAUUUUUGGAUUUCAUGACCUCUGCCUCCAAGCAUCUAUUGUAAUUGAGGAAUAGUUGAAUUGCAAUAAUAAGAUAACUUAAGUGUAUUAGAAAAAUAUUCCCUGAGGUCAGCCUCGGAACAUUACCAGCUAUUUGUUAAAAUUAUUAUAAGUAUCGUAAUACCAGCUAAAGCAGCUAUACUUCCCUUCCUCA